AUGGUGGCGGACUUGUUGCUGCAGAACGACAUUCGUCACUUGAAGCUCUUUAGCAACAGCAACAAUGUCCUAAAGGCCUUUGCCUCGACUGGCAUUGCCGUCACCGUAACGUUGCCGAAUGAAGCCCUUACCAACAUUAAAUAUCCCCUCAUGGCCACUUAUUAUUUGCAAGAGGCGGUUCUUCGCUACAGAAAUCAGGAUGUUGACAUAAGGUGCCUUCACGUUGGAAGCGAACCAUUCUCGACAUACGCUCUUAAGAAAACGUACGACAAUGCUCCAAUUGCAUUGAAAUUGAUUCAAGACGCGAUUGUGGCAAAUGGGUACAAUAACCUAACGGCAACCAUGUCCCACUUCACGGACGUGCUGACCCCGAACAUAUCAAAGCCAUCAGAAGCCGACUUUCGUCCUGAUUUAAGAGAUAAAAUGGUCGAGAUUGUUCGACUUCUCAACGCCAGCAAUGCCCCUUUCGUCAUCAACAUGUUCCCCAUCUUCUCUCUCAUGGACCUCAACAUCAACGAUACCGAGUUUGCAUUCAUCGACAACAACUCAAAUUUUACAGUCGAGGACAACGGCUUGAUCUACCGCAAUGUAUUCGAGUUUAUGUAUGAUUCAGUCCUUCACGCGCUCGCGAAAGCUGGGUCACCAGGUUUGAAGCUUCAGGUGGGUAAGAUUGGGUGGCCCACAGACGGGUACCCGAGCGCAAAUAUUACGAAUGCCGAGAGGUUUCAUCGAGCGUUUCUACCUUACAUCAAGAGCAACAAAGGUACCCCACUCCGCCCGGGGAUUUCCAUUGACGUUUACAUCCACUCGCUCGUCGAUGAAAACAAAAAUAAAGUCAACCUCGCUGCUUUUCAACGUCAUUGGGGGAUUUAUUGGACCAACGGGCAGCCCAAGUACAAGAUUGACUUUAGGGGAAAUGGACGGGACAUCUUCCCGACCACCGCCAAAGGCCUCAUCCGCAUGCCUCAGAGGUGGUGCAUUUAUAACGAGGAUAAGAGCAACCUAACCAAGGUAAAGUUUGAACUCGACAAAGCUUGUGAAAAUGCCGACUGCACGACUCUUUCCCCGGGAGGUUCUUGCAGCCACCUAGACUUCAACAAGAACGUCUCAUACGCAUUCAACAUGGCCUUCCAAGCCAGCGCACAGGACGAUGACAUUAAGGGGGUGACGUGCGAUUUUGAUGGGCUCGGUGUUUUGGUGCCCGACGACCCGUCCAAUGGAACGUGUAAGUUCCCGGUUGAGAUUCUAGCGGCGGAGAAAGCGGAUAGAGAUGGGAUCACCAGUAACCAUGGAGAAAUUACCAAGAAAUUGAGUUUAUGUGAAACUACGGCAUGGCUAGUAUUGUCUGUGUUAUUCAAUUUCUUAUUGGGGAUUGGUUAG